UGCGCGGGCAGCUCCGAGAAUGGCGGAAGUGGCUCGUCCGAGGAAACCACGACAGGCUGCAAAGGGGCAGGACAAAAAGAAAAAAGAAAGGUUGAAGCCAGAAUUGGACCGGGAAUUGGUUUCCAGUCAGCCAACAAAAGUAGAAAAUCCUACAAUAGUUGAUAAAUCUCAAGCAAAUUUCUCAAAACAAAAAACUCAGGAGCAAAGUGAGGACCAAAAGAGGGUGCCUGUGGAAACUCUUGAUCGUGAAUUAUGUACAGAAAUUGCAUCCAUUGCAACAGCUGAAUCAAAAUUUGAUUCAAAACAGUUUACUACAUUAGAUGUUGAAGAUAAACAGUUUCAAUAUAAUCAGACAAUAAUAAGCUCAGGUGAUGGCUCCAAACAUGACAGUGAGGUGUCUGAAAAUACUGAAAUUCCAGAAACUCAUCAACAGCCUUGUUCCGGUAAGACUGUCACAGAUGAAGGCAGAGAAAGCUUAAGUGUUGUUGAACCUGCUGUUCAUGGGGGUUCAAUGGACCAUGGAAAUAUUUCUUCUCAAACAGUGGGAGUCACCGUGACGGAACAGGGGGUAAUGAACAGGAAGGAAAUGAGAAGUCCUGCUGUCCUAACACUGGGCGAUGGUGAGAAAGAAAUGCUUGGCGUGAAUCUGCGUAAAAGCAUUGUAGAUCUUCCUGUCCAGUUGACCGUUGAAAAGCUGUAUCCUGACUUACCAUCAGAGGAUAAGAGAGAUCUUGAAACUUCAUUUGUAAAGCAAGUUUCACCUAAUUUCAGGAUGUUGUAUCCAGAAAUUCCACGUGAACCAGAAAUUGUACCAUUUUCGAAAGAAGAGCUGAAGAUAUUUGCAUUAGGUUCAUGGAUAGAAAAUGUAGAUGCACAUACAGAAGAAUUUCUUUCAGUGGCAAAUCAAGACAAAAAUGAACUUUAUGAGCUACUCAUGAACUAUGGAAGAUGCAGGAAACAAUUUCAGCUGGCUGUGGCAGAGCUGCAGACAAUGAUAUGUAAUUAUAAGAGUAUUGAAAAAAGACUUUGGACUUUCAAAGAAGAGCAGCUGACCAUCCAGGGAGUUUGUGCCGAUCAAGCAAAGGUGACGACAUAUUAUCGAUUUCAGACUGUGGAGAUGAACAAGUUAGUUCUCGGAGAGCUGAAACGGGUGAUGGAUGUUAUGGCUGAUCAUUUACAUCAAACGAUGGCUUUACAUGCUUAUACCUCAGUGGUUUCUCGCCUCCAGGUGGAAUCGUACAUUUACAGGUUGUUGAAUAGUUCGCCAGCAUUUAAAGCUGUGGCAGUUGUGCAAAAACAAGUUGAUCAAGAAAUAGAUUGCAGCUAUUCAGACCUGCAACUUUUAAAAGAAAGCAUCAGUGUGCUCUUUAGUUUUACCCGAAGAGUAACUGAAGAUGGUCAAUUCCAUAGUGACAUUCUUCUUUGGCUGCAGAGAUUGGUUGCUGUGCUACACAGAGUUGGCUCCUCUGCUGAUCACCUCUUCUUAUUGAAUCACAUCCUCAGAUGCCCAGCAGGUGUGAACAAAUGGGCAGGGCCAUUUGUAAAGAUAGAAGUGUUGAACAAUCCUGCAGGUGUUUUUCUCUUUAUGCAAGCCCUAGCUUUACUUUUAUCACCAAUCAAGUAUCGAUCUGAGUUUCUGGUGCAUAUGAAACCCAGUGACCAAAAGCAACUUUCACCUGUAUCAACAGAAAGAGAUGUACAGAACUGGACCUUGGUAGAUGAAGCUGGAGAAGAGGACGAAGAUCCUGACACCAGUUGGCAACUAUUGUCAGAGGAUGAUUUGAUUACCCUUCUGUUGCAGUUUCCUUUUGAUGAACUGUUUAAACAAAUGUUUGGGAUAACUAUCAAAGCAGGUGAAUACAGUCCAGAGAAAAGCACAUGUCAUCAGAUGAUGAAAAUCAUUGGGUUUGCAUCUUCAUUGAUAGACCUCCUAGCUUUGGGAUUGGAAACCUUUAAUAGAGCACGAUAUAGACAAUUUGUGAAAAGGAUUGGUCAAAUGAUCAGGAGAACAAUUUGUUACGUAAGUAACCACUGGGCUCAGUUUGCAGCUUUCCACAAAAAACAUGGAAUAAAGAUGAACCAAUUUUACUCUCUUGAAAAGCUGCAAGUGGAAUUUGAUGAGCUUUUUCUUCGGGCAGUGUUAUAUGUACUGAAAGCAAAAAGGUUGGGAAUUUGGCUUUUCAUGUCUGAGAUGCCAUUUGAAACCCUAUCAAACAAGAUGAUAUGGAAACUCUUCUAUAUCCUACAUUGUGCAGAAUGUGAUGAUAUUGAUGGAUUAUGCGCUGGGCUACAUUCUGAUGAAUGCAAGAUCAAGCUUAAAGACCCAGAACAUAAACAAAUGUUUGAACAGUGCUUGUCCAACAUUACUAGCUCCGACGGAAUAUGUCUUCUCACUACAUUUGCACAUAUGACCCAAUCAAAACGAGAAAAUGUGGAUCAAGAGUUUGUGAAGAUAGUUGCUUUAGAAAUAUACGAGGUAGCCUAUGUAAGUCCUUCCACCAGAGAGUCAUUUUCCAAGGUUGGCCGUGAACUUCUGGCCACAAUUUCAACAGCUCAUCCUCAUAUAAUCUCAAUACUUUUGGAUCGUGUCCGAGGAAGCAUUGAUAAAGUUGGCAUGGUUUCUUUGUAUCUCUUUAAAGAACUUCCACUGCACCUGUGGAAGAUAACUUCAGUUGAAAUGGAUGUAAUUCAUGACUGGCUUCUGAAGUACAAUUUAACUGCUGUUGAGAACAAGCUGGCUUGCAUCAUACUUGAAGGACUGAACUGGGGUGUUGAUGAGCAGCAAUCAAAACUUGCUCUUGAUCCUUCCCUUCAUACUGAAGUAGCAUUAAUGGUUCUAGAAGCAUAUCAGAAGUACCUCACUGACAAACCUUACAGUGGAUUUAUCUCUGAAAGCAUAAAGCAGGUAUCCUACUUAGCUAGUGUUGUUCGCCUGAACCAGACUCCGGAGGCCUUAUUUAAUCACUGGGCAUGGGAAUUGGUUGUCAGAUUGAAGCUACACAGUAGCCAUUCAUACAGUGACCAGGGCUGGACACCUAUCAGUAACCCCUCCACUGCACCAGAAAUGAAUGAGUUACCAGCCCUCCAUCCACUUUUUAAAGCUGUAAAAGCUGGCAUUCCUAUUGGUUGUUAUCUUGCACUUUCAAUAACGUCAAUAGGUCACAGCGCUGACAAGUUCUGCUCUGAAGGCAUAGCUCUUCUGGAAAUACUGGUACAGUCAAAGUGUCUUAAAGCAGUAAUUCAUGUAUUAGAUAAGAUCUUGCCGAUCUUCUACCCAUGCCAAUAUUAUCUUCUGAAAAAUGAACAGUUUUUAUUGACUUUACAGCUUUUUCUGCAGACUGACAGUGUUGUGCCUCAGGGAGUGACUCAGCAAAUGACUCAGAAAGUGGCACAACAUUUAACUGGUAUCACUUAUGGUGAAAACAUUAAAUUAUUAAACAGUAUGAUCCAGACUCAUAUUGUGGAAAGCAGUAAACCCGGCAGAGUGGGAGCUGGUGUUAUUUUGGAAUUCUGGAUUCACGUCUUGACAAAUCAGCACUUGUGGCACAGAGAUAAAACUGUUUUGUUUCUAAUGGACAAUCUAUGCAAGACAGCAUUUCUUCACCGACAGGAAGACUGUUUGCAAAAGUCACUUUACCAACUACACAAGAAUGCUCUUGGAUACCACAGUGAUCGUGGAUUACUGACUUCAUUCAUGAACUGGAUGUUAGCUGGCAACAUAACACCAUCAUUUAUUGAAGGCAAUGCCACUGCAACUGAGGUGUGGUUUUCCUGGAUCAUAUUCAAUAUGGAGGCAAUUUUUGAAGAAGAUUCCCAACUCCGUAGGUAUAUGGAACUUGAAUUAAUUAGCAAUUCUUCAGUAACUCCAGAUCAAGCCUUAAAGAAAGCCCAAAGCCAUUUAAAACUCCCUGUAGUGCCUUCCACACAGCGGCUUAUGAUCUAUCGCUGGGCCCAACAAGCUUUAGUUACUCCUCCAGAUCAUCCACUUCUCCCACUAAUUUGGCAGAAAUUCUUUUUCCUGUACCUCCGUCGACCUGGACCAGAGUUUGGUUUGCCAGUGAGUGGCUGUAUAGGAAAGCGUUAUUUCCACAGUUCUUCACACUCUAUUUUGCUGAAAGAAAUGAGAAAACGCCUUAUUGAAAUCGCAGAUUUUCACCAUGAAGCUAGUAAAGCUGUAAGGAUCUGGAAGAAAGGACAACGUACUGAAGGUACUUCACCACCAGAUGAGAAUAUUGCACCUCGCCAGCCUGAAUCCAUGACUUCACCAGAAUUACACAAAGAAUUGCUCAGGCUUUUCCACAUUUUUACAUAUUGGCUGGAGGAUAGCAAUCUACAAAAGAAUGAUCUUUAUCUGCCCACUCUGCCUGUACAAUAUGAUGCACAUAAAUUGGCAAAAGUCAUGCAAAACCAGCAGGAUCUUUGGAUAGAAUACGUUGACAGUGAGCGUGUGAAGCACGAGCUCCAAGAGACAGUGGAUCUCUGGAUUCAGCUCCACUCUGCGCCUUCUGCAACUUAUGGAACAUCAAGUUUUAAACACUUUGAUCCACUUUCAGCUAAAGGUCGAAUCUUUAAUUAUCUGAAAACCCACAGCUCCCUUGUAUCUGCUGUGCCCCUGCAGCGUAUGAAAGCCCCUGUUCCGGAUGUUGUCAGCAAUAAUUUGUCAGACAAAAAAGUGGCAAUCGAACAUGUUCAGCAAUAUCUAAACACCUUGCAACAGCAAGCAAAAAUUGCUGCCCAGUGGGAGUCCCAGCAAACAGCACUGAACAGCGAGGUUUUGGAAGCAUUACCUAAAUUAUACAGCAAUCGGGAGGAGCAAGUUACAAUGAAAUUGGAGUGCCGGGGUAGCUCUUCUGACCGUGCUUGUCAAGGAGCAACAAAUAUGUCUGUGAAGUGUAAGAAGUUGUACAAGGAUAAUGCUGUGAACCAACAGCUUGAAGCUUUGGUCAGAGACAUUAGCCAGUUGCAAACCUAUGUCGCCCAACCACCUCCUCAAAAUAUUGCAGAAGCUGCUGUAUAUGUGGAAAACUUCAUAACGGCCUUGGUGAAUGCCUUCAAACUCCAUCAUACAGAAAGUUAUCAGAAAGUGGGGAUUGCCUUGUUCUAUGAGAUUGUCUCUUUUGUCUGUGAUGAAACUCAGCGGCACCCACCAACAAGACAGUUCUUUACAUCAUGCAUUGAAAUCCUUGGGCAGGUUUUUCUUGGCUGUGCUAAAGCAGAAAGCAAAACUAUAUUGGAAAAAGUUCUUGGGAAUAGAAGACUCUGCAAUCUUUUGUCACCAUACUUCACACCAAAUAUCUCGCCAGAUGAAUUUGUCAAUCUUUACAGCAAAGUUGUCAAGUUCCUCCACACUGACAAUGGUGAUGUUAUCUUUAUGUUACUAACAAAGUUUGACAUUUUGUUGUGGUUGAAUUCCACUAAGCCAGCUAUAUCUGAACGGACGCAGUUAUUAGAAUUGAUCCAUUUAGGCCUGACAAUGUGUGGACUUCAACCAGAGGAAGAAAUUCAAAUGGCUUUUAAUGUUCUGUGUAAACACUGGAUGUACAUUUUGCACUAUCAAUUCCCGGAUCAUUACAGUGACUUCCUCAGACUUCUGAUGCAAAGUUCUUCAGAACAAAAAUUGAAUCCAGAUUGUUGGAAGAAUACUUUGAAAACCUUAAGUUGUACCUCUGAGGUUGAACGUGAACCCAGAAUAAUGAGAUCUGUAGAUAGUCAAAAGAUCACUCUGUCAUUUCAGCAGGUACAGGAGACAAUACAGUGGCUCUCUGAUUUCUUGCACAAAUUGCGCCUUUCAAAAACAGACUUAAGAAGCUUUGGUCUAUUUUCAAAGUGGACUCCAUAUAUGAAUGAAGUGAAGAAAUUCUGGAUGUUCCUUGCUACGUCUUUUAUUGACUCUGAGGUCUCCAAGUUGACCCAAGAACCUGCAGCCAGUAACAAAAAUGCAGCAGGUAUGCAGUUGGUUUAUGCAGAAUUGCUGGAACUUUUCAAACCAUGGCUAAUCGUACUAAAUACAGAAAAAGGAAGCAAUAACUAUUCCUAUCCUUGGUUAGAGAUUGACACUCCAAUUGCUUCUGGAAUGGUGAAGCUGUUUACAAAAUGUGUUGAUUACCUGCAUCAGAGUUUAAAAGAUAAACUGAUUCCUGGCCAACGAGGAGCUCUAUGGUUCCACUUGAUGUAUUAUUGUGAAACUUGCACUAUAUCUAAAAUACCAGAGUAUAUUUUGUACACCUAUCAUUCUGAAUAUUCCAAAUUACCAUGGGGAGAGUUGUAUCCUGAUCAAGCCUUGAUGGAAGAAUUCUUUAAAGUGGAGAGAGGAAGUCCAAAGAGUUGUUUCCUGUUUUUGGGAACUUUACUCUGUAAGGUUAACUGGGUCAGUGUUCUUUCUGAUGCUUGGAAUCCCCACCCUCCCGUGCAUACAAGAACCAUGGUUGUGUAUUUGUUGUUUAUGAUAGUAUUUCUAUCAAAAGAGGGUGAACUUACAAGUAAACCAGAAUCUCCAUUAUAUAAUCUCCUUGAACAAACGAGUGCACUACCUUGGCAUUUUGUGGACAUUGCAUCUUACCAAAAUGUCCUCAGCUAUUUUAGUAGCCACUAUUCUCCUUCUACCAUCAUUGUAAAAGAUCCUUCAGCUGAACCAAUCCUGAAGCUUUUAAAAGUAGUCACAGGUUUCGGUGACACCUUGGGCAUACACAGUGAUGCUACACCUAAGUGCAAAGCGUAUAUCCACCACAUUGUCCAGUGCAUCAUCACUCUGGAUCAGAGUACUCAGAUAGUUCAUGGUCAACUAGAACAUGAGAUGAUAAUGUUAUUGGAUGACAUUGUUCUUUUUAAUCCUCCUGAAGUGGACAUUCAAUUGCGGCACAUGGCAGUCACCAGUCUUUUUAUGGAAGUAUUGAUGAUGCUGAAUAAUAUUAGUGUCACAUCGGCAGAUUUACUGCGUACAAGUUUGCGGUCUUGGAUCGAUUCUAAGGUGCAUUACAACCUGGCAUUACCACUCCUGACUGCGGCAUGUCAAAGUCUGGCAUCUGUCAAGCACAUGGCAGAAAUGACCGAAGCCAGCAUUAUGGCAUACUUUAAGGAUGGUGCACAGCACGAUCAGUAUUUUGGAUGGGGACCAAUUUUAGUAUCUCUUCAAGUGCCAGAAUUAACUGCAGAAGAAUUUCUGAAAGAAUGUUUGGACUUGGGAAGCUACUUGACUCUUUAUGUGUACAUUCUUCAGCAUCUGAACAUGGAACAGACCCUAUCCAAUGAAAGGAAAAUGCUAGUUCUACUUAACAAAUGGAUAGACCAAGUCUUUCCAAGCAAUACAAAUGAUGAGGUUAAACUGUUCCUAUGGUGGCAUAAAUUAUUGCAAUUGGCAUUGAUCCAGCUUGAGCAGAAUGAUUUAACUGGAUUGGAUUUUUUUGUGAGGAUAUUAAAUGCAUUGCAAGUAAAACUGAGUCAACUGGCAGAGGAGAGGCUCUCUUCUGGAAUUCUGGGAGCAAUAGGUCUUGGAAGGAAAUCUCCACUCUCAAACAGAUUUCGAGUAAUAGCUCGAAGCAUGUCAGCAUUCCUACUAGUUCAACUUCCUGCAGAUAACUGCAUUCGUCUGAAACCUGGUACAGAACUACAACUAUCUCCCAAAGCACAGCAGGCCCUGAGUGUACUUGAAUCAAUGUCAAUCAGCAAGCAGUAUGCAGACUAUCAAGAGGUGUUUUCACAGGCAAAAUCAUUCAUCAAGGAUCCAAACAAUUGUCUCUGGGAUGGCAACAAGUUACUCACUAUUCUUAUUAACCUCCUUUACCCUGAUGUGCAUUAUUUAAAUAUUAUCCGUUAGGUAUUUUGCCAAAGCAGGAUCUCAGCACUGGAUUUCAAAAAUACUGCAAAACAUUUAACAAGAGCAUCUUCGGAAAAAUAAUUUGAACUAAAAUUGUAUUACUAUAUUUGUUAAUGAUUAUGGAAAAAAGAUUGUUUGCCUAUACACAAUCAAUAUUUUUGUACCAUAAUCUGUAAUGUCAUAAAUUGAGCUAAAAAUCUGCAAAAUCUGCAUUGUGGUAAAAAUAUAUUCUACAUCUUUGGCUUACAUUAGCUGUGAAAAUAGUGGUGAUCAUUAUGAAGCUACUAAAAUUAUUUGUGAUAUUGGUACAAUGGAGACAUUAUCUAAUAUACCUUUUUUAAAAAUAUUUUAAAAAUCUUCUCCAUUUCAAUUCAUCCAAAUAUUUCCCUUUUUUGAAAAAAAAAUGUAUUUACAUUGAAUGGUAUGGAUUUUGGCAGCAUGGUAACAAGUUGCCUUGUUCCGUAUUCCUUUACACAGUUUCCUCCACUCAAUAAGAUAUUUAGGUGUUUUAGAUUAGUGUUGUUUUGUAAAGAGUGAAACAUACAAACAUAAGCAGGAGUGUAUUGGAGUUGUGUCUUGGAGUUGACACAAUCCAAAGCCCUGCAAUUCUCUGGGGAAAAAUAACUGGAUCUGUAUUCUAAGUUUCUUCCAAUUAACCUUAGACCAUUUGACAUUGACUUUGGAAAUUGUUUUCGUAUCGUAACUGAUCCAUUAAGAAAUUUAAACAAUUUUAUUAACUCUUGGUCACAAUUUGUUUAAGGUAAGUUGAAAGGAAUUUAUUAUUCUUCAAGAAACAAUUCACUCACUUAAAUUAUGUCUUUAUAAUUUGUCAAGCACUUUAAAGCGUUAUGUAUAAUUUGAUUUUCAUAGGAAUUUCAUUUGUUACAUUCAUCAGCUGAUGCUUAAAAGGUUAUUUGACUGAACAAGUUCUCAGUUGUGACACCAUAGAUGCCACAUUAUCUCCAAAUUCAUAAAAGUAAAUUUGUCCACCAGUAGACUUCUACUGUUGCAUUAAAAUUAAGAAUGUACUUACUAUGCUUAUUUUACAAAGAAGCAGUUACUUUUUUAAUUACUGAAAGUCUCACAUAGAAUAAAUUGAUUCAGUGUUACAGGAACUUGUCUCAAAAGUAACACUCUUCCAUAUUAAUUAAUGUAUGACUGAAGCUUUCGCAGCACAUAUAAAGCUUCACACUUCAUAAAUGUGAAUAAAAUUAAAGUUUGUGUGUUAAGUGAUACCAUCUAGAAUGUUUGUUUUCCUGCACACUCAGAUGUUCAAUUUAAUAGUCACAUUUUUGAGACUGGUAUCAAUACAUGUUUAGAUUGUAAAGAUUUAAGUAAUACUUGAAACAUGCAACCAGUACAACAAAUGGGCUUUAAUUGUAAAAAUAUAUAUAUAAAUAAAGUUUGGUUAUGAAUUCUAUGUGGAUAAUAUAUUAAUUGAAUCAAUUUCUUGUACAAUUUUAUUAAGUAGUGCUUCAAGAGAUUUUGCUGUACAUAAACUGAAUUGUGGAUUUUUACUGUACUCCUGAAAUGUUAAUGGUACUUUUGGAAUUAAGAUACAGGUAAAAUAAAGACAUUCCCUGUCUAAAUGUA